CAUAUAUAAUUGUGAAAUAAAAUUUUAUACACAUCUGUAGGUCCUGCUCCUAUAUACAAAUUACAAACUUUGGUUGGAUAUGAAGGUCAUUGUUUGUCUCGACCAAGAGGUCCAGCAUAUACUAUCAGACCUCGAACAAAAAUUCAUAUACCAAGUUUUGGACCAGGUCCACAAUAUAAUGUUUCAAAAUUAACAAAUUAUGGAACAGAUAGUCCUCCUGCAUAUACAAUAGCUAGUAGAAAACCAUUUAAAGGUAGCCAAAAUAAUGUUUAAGCAGAAUGAUUUGAUAUAUUUUAAAAUAUCAAACAAAAUAUCAGACAAAAUAUCUUUCACAAAAAGUCAUUGUUCUCUUUUCAAUGUAGUGAGGGAUUUUGGACCAGGGCCGGGAGCACACUACCCAGAAUUAUGUCCCCCAAUGAAUCACAAUAUUAGGGCUCCUGCUUAUAGCAUUAAAUCUAGAAGUAGAACAAAACUGGAAGACAUUGGACCUGGUCCAAAUGCAUAUAUUUUACCAACCACCAUAGGACCAAAAAUUCCUGACAAAAUAGCUCAAGGUGCUUUUUCCUUUUCUGGUAUUCACAAACUUAGAGAAAAAGAUGUUGGUCCUGGUCCAGCAGCUUACAGGCUAAAUAUAGAUCUUAUAAAACGUAGUUCUCCAGCAUUUAGUGUAAAAUGGAGGACUAAACUAGCAGAUGUAGAUAUAACUCCAGGGCCACAAUAUUAUCCUAAAUACGAUAGUAGAAGACGUCCCCCUAUGUACUCUUUUGGUAUAAGACACAGUGAAUGUGCUGGUUUACCUAUCACAAGCUUGGACGAAGACUGAUACAUUGUGAAUUUUGUAAAUUAUUACAGAGCUAAGAAAAUGAUUUUACAUCUUUUUUUUAAACAUGCAUAGAAUUUUUGUAAUAAUCGUUAUAAUCAUGAAUUUCACUAACAUUCAUGUAAUUGCAUUCUCAUGCAAUUGUUUGAAUUUAAAAUGGACUGAC